GGAGCGUUGGCCGGCGGGGAAGCAGGAAGGAAGCCCCGCGUGCCUGGCCGGGCUGCUUGGCUGAUGGCGCUGCAGCCGAACGUCCGGGACGUUUGGUUUCAGGCAAAUUCAAUUCCCUCAAUCCAGCCAUAGAGAGUAGAACAAAAUGAACCACAGAGCCCAAUACAGAAGGUGCAGAGGGCAAUGGAAGUGAAGCAAGAGGGCUUGAAAAUGUCUGUGUGCAGUGAUUUUGUGGAGCACAUCUGGAAGCCUGGCUCCUGCAAAAACUGUUUCUGCCCCAGAAGUUUCCACCAACUGCAGACACCACCCCUUGACCAGCAGGGCUGCAGUGAAGUCUUACGGGACUUGAAUGGAACUGGAGCCAAAGCUGAGAUUACACCUUUGGAGGAUGAAAGUAUAAUUUCCUCGUCUUACUCAAAGCCAACUAUUGCUGUUAAACCAACCAUGAUAACCUCAGAUAUUGCUGGCGUGUGGGCGGAUGGAAACCUGAAUACAGAUGUCUCACAGGUCAGUGAGAUCAAAAGGAAGCCUCAGAACAUCCCAGGAGAUUGUCUUUCAUUCCUUGGCCCAUCUGGUCCUGAAAGGGCAGAAGGAAAUAUCUCAUUCAGGAAUGAGGGUCAGGAUACCGUGGUCAGUGCAUCCAAGGUAACAAAUUUCAGUGAAGAUAAAAGAAGGGUCUUGAACUCACUCUCCGACUUUCAUGUGCAUGAUUCUUUAUAUAACCCCUUAAACCGGGAAAGAGACUUAUUAGCAUGUCCACCAGAUACUCUGCUAAAAAGCAGCAACCCUUUUGGUUUAUCUCAAGAAAGUCCUUACUGUCUUCUGGUCAGAGCCUCGGAUCAGACUGAAAACAAGCUUACAGACACCAAUUCUAGAGAGCAACAGCUUUCCUUUCAAGGAAAAGGUCAAAACGAGCCUAUCUAUGCUGAGAGUUCAAAGAGGAAAAAGGUGCAGCAUGAUAACGCUAAUAUGCUAAAGCGUGGUGUCUUGACAACUAGCCCAAGUAAAAAUCAAGAGGAUGGGAGAGAGACGACCCUCCAUUUGAGCUGCAAGAGGAAUUUUCAAGAUCCUGCCAGACAAAGAGCAGCAACAAUUACUAUCAUGGCCCCACAAACAGAAGAUGACAAUCGAGCAUUUUUCCUUAGCAGCCCAGACUCAGCAGUUGGGGUACAGUGGCCAUGUGUUAGCCCCACUCUUAGCCCAGAGACUGAGAAAACAUCACCUCUCUUUGAGCCUAGAGAGCGGCCACAAGAAAGACAUGACACAAAUUCAAGAGACAAAAGUCCAGAGACUGAGUUUCCAAUGGCUAGCAAGAAUAUGAUUGAUAGGACUCCUGCUGUUCCUCCAAAGCUGUCCAAAGGAAGCCCUCCCAGAGUUGAAGAGUCUCUUCCACACUCAGUCAGUUCUUCCGUGAAAGCCAGUCCUUCCACUGCUGAAACCUGUGAUACCGAUACUCCAAGGAACGAGGCAGGUGGCACUGCGGUUGGGCCCUUGUGCUCACAGAUGAACAGCAUCUCUCCAGACGAAUCCAGCAACGGCUCUGAGAGAAGACCCAGAUGCCACCACGUAUCCUGGCACAGGCAGUGCAGGAUUGAGGAAGAAGAGGAAGAAGAGCAAAGACGUACAGUGGAAAAGGAGAACGAAAUAGUUAGUUCUCCAAACUUUUCUGACUGCCUUCAGAUGAAACCAUGCUCUGUGCAGGCGGCUGAGACUGGAGGAAUGGGCCAAUCAACAACUUUUGCCUUUGAGUUCCCCAAAGAUGAGACUGGACCUGAGGAAGCUGCAACUACUCGGCUGCCUCCAAAGAAACCACCCAGGCGCCAUCUACAAACAGUAAAAAAUGGUGACCUGGAGAAGUUCAACAGCGAUUCUACUGAGAGCCUCGGGGGAUCCACAGCCAGCUUGAAUUUGGAUACAAAUCCAUUCAGCAGUGAAGGAGAAUUAUGCAAAAUGAGUCUUCAUUCAUCCACCCAUCCUGAGAAACCUGCUUUUCCUUCAGUUCAUUUUUCUGCAUGUUUGAUGGAUAACAUGCCACCAUGCAAAUCUGUAGAGCCACCACCUCUGCCCCAAAAGAAAACUGUUGGUAGGGCUCUCUCAUCACCCGAUGGGUUUUACUGGGGCUCAUCCUCUCCGUUAAAAGCUGCAGUUUUCACGAGCCUCAAGUUGAACUCCAGUCAAUCGGAAAGUAACGUCUGUAUCCAAGAAGAAUCUCUGUUUUGCUCUAACUUGGGAAUGAACCAUCAUACAAUUUCUUCCUCUGAGUCUCUGGGAAAAAACUUGAAAGGGUCUUCUCCAUUCCCACGUUCUACUGCGAACAGCAACCUUUGCAGCUUUCAGAAUAGAAACCUUCCAUCUCGUUCUUCCUCGCAGCACAGUAUGUCCACCCAGGUCUCCUCAGCUUCUAGCCUUCAGCUCCAUAAUUUCUUCAGCAACAUCAACAGCAAAGAAGGCAUGUAUACCAAGUUAGGAGGACUCUAUGCAGAAUCCUUGCGCCGCCUGGUUUCCAAAUGUGAAGAUUAUUUUAUGCACGAUCAAAGAAGUGAGCUGCGUUUCAGUGAGAACUACUGGCCUUUCUUCAAACUGACAUGCAACAAACCAUGCUGUAAUGCAGGAGAUGCGGUAUAUUUCUGUGCAACGUGUGCCAAGGAUCCUUCUAGCACUUAUGCAGUGAAGAUAUGUACAUUUCAAGACAUUAAAGCUGCAGCAUCCUGCAUUAGCCCUUCUGUUCCCGUUCACUUCAAUAUCCAGCAGGACUGUGGGCAUUUUGUAGCCUCUGUGCCCUCCAGCAUGGUGAAAAGUGCUUCCAUGGACAGCCAGUGUCCUUCCCAGGCUGCCACAGAGCAAGAGUGUGUGGUUGUCAUUACCCGUGAAGUGCCGCACCAGACUGCUGCUGACUUUGUGCGGGUUGCUGAAACUUUCCAUAAAGGUGAGCCGGAGCAGUAUGAGAGAAGAGUGUGUUUCCUGCUGCUACAGCUCUGCAAUGGGUUGGAGCACCUUAAAGAGUACAGUGUCAUUCACAGAGAUCUCUGCCUAGAAAACCUGCUGCUGGUGCGCUGCAAACCUUUUAUAGGCUGCAGCAGGACCAAAAAUGACAAGCACCUGCCAAGGCUCCUCAUCACCAAUUUUUUAAAAGCCAUGCAAAAGCCAGGUACCAAUGAACCCAAAGCAAAGAAGAAUCAGGCCCGGUUAGCUCCAGAGAUUGUAUCUGCCUCCCAGUUCAAAAAGUUUGAUGAAUUCCAAACCGGCAUUCUCAUCUAUGAGCUUCUGCACCAGCCUAACCCAUUUGAAGUUCAGACCCAUCUCAGAGAGCAAGGAUACAGCCAGGAUGACCUCCCUGCACUUCCCAACCUUUCCAUUUAUUCCCAUGGGCUCCAGAAGCUUGCACACUUGCUCCUGGAAGCAGACCCAAUCAGACGUAUCCACAUCACAGAAGCAAAGCGGAUUCUGCAGUGUCUGCUCUGGGGUCCUAGGAAAGACUUAACAGAUCAGCCACUGAAGCACAAGGAGGCCCUUCAUGGAGCUCUUCAGAACUGGAUUGACAUGAAACGGGCCUUGUUAAUGAUGAAGUUUGCCGAGAGGGCAGUGGAGACAGAGCACGGUGUUCAGCUGGAAGACUGGCUUUGUUGCCAGUAUCUAGCCUCUGCAGAUCCCUCUUCUCUCUUUAAGUCUCUGAAACUUCUUCAGCUCCUUUGAUCUCUGUAGUGUUUUCAAACCUGGCAUUGGUUCUGACAAACUGUGUAAGAGUUUACUUCACUGACUCUAUUGAAAGUGGUGCACACCACAUUUUUCCUUUGGUGUAACGUUAACUGACUAAAAUUGACUGUUUCCUAGAGAAACACAUACCAUUUUUUUAAAAAAAGAUAUGCAUCUUAUGAUAACUGUUAUUGUGAAUGUUAUAAAAGUAUAAACAGUGUUAUCUAGAAUCCACCUCCAAGUAACUCUUGAAGGCACUGUUAAAGUGUUUUUUCCAGUUUGAAGGAGUUUGUUCUUGUAAAAUGUUUUGUUGUUAUUUUUAUGUGAAAUAGAUUUAAGUUAAAACAA